AUGAAUAUUUUAUCAUACAGUGCAAAUAAUGCUCGCUAUUUCUCGUUACUUUUUCAUGAAUCAAUUGAUGAUUGGAAUCGAUACUUCAAUGAUCCACCAUCAGAAACAAAUACUGAUGGAUCUAAAAUUUAUUGGAAAACAGAUUCACCUGGAAAAUAUUUUGUUACAGACUGUAAAUUUGGAGACUUAAAGGCGACAUGUAUCUUUGUGAAUUCAGUAGGUCCGAACUAUUUAGGAAUCAGUGAAACAGAAUUUAAUAAAUGCAGUGGAGAUAUUGGAGUUCCAUGCACUGUUUUUUACAAUGGAUCAUUUUUCCAAUAUCGAGUUACAGGAAAAGACUGCACAAUGACAAGUGGAACAUGUGGUGGAAUUCACACAGGAGUUCUAGUUAGAGAGAAUAGUAAGGAUCUAAAUCUGAUUGAAGAAACAUCAAUUUCAGGUUAUUCAAGUGAAACAUCAGGCUCUGUACUUUGGCACAAGAACGGAAAUGUUUCAUUUAUUUCAAUCAAUGAAAGUAACUGCAAAACAAAGAUAGAAGUUGCAUAUCAAAUAACUAAUGAACCAUCAGGAAUAUCACAUGUUAAAUUUUGUCAAUUUAUUUCAGCUAAAUCGGAUGAAAAAUGCUUUUAUUAUGAAAUAUCCCAACAUUUCAUUCAAUGCAGCAGUUUCUUAAACAAUUCUUAUUCUUCAAAAUCUACAACAUCUCCUGGAAUAUUUUAUCUUGCUACUCCGGAUUCGAUACUCACUAUUGCAAAUUCAGUCAUAAAAGAUAAUUCAGGAACAGCAUUAUUAUUUACAAAUUACGGUAGUAGUAUUAUUGUAGAUAGAUGUUUUAUCGAGAAUCCAAAUGUACAAAUGAUAUCAGUAGGAUACGGAAAUUUUCAAUUUAUUCAUAAAUAUUUCAUUUACAUUUUAAAUGUUCCACAUAAGAAUUGUAUUUUCACUGAUGUUAAAUACAAAACUAUUUAUGUGAACAAAUUAUGUAGAUGUGAUUCAAAUUUCAUUUAUUACUUUGCAUUUUUAUCUAAAUAA